GAUACAAACCCACAUGAGUUAUUACUUUGUACAUUCGUUCUCAGGACGCUACCCUAAUGCCCCAGACUAUCAGCUGUUAAAUUAUGGGGCCGGCAGAUCCAUGGAUGGAUCCUAUAGAGCAGUAGAUCCAGGCAACAUGCACGCCAGCUCUUACGGGGGAUACAAAUACAAUGGAAUGGAUCUGAGCAUCAGCGGAUCAGCCACCACCACCACCUCCUCCUCCUCCAGCCAAUUUGGAGCGGUUGGGGAGAGCUCUCACGUCUUUUCUGCCCAGGCAGCGCUCGAAAGCAGGUUAAGAGAGGCGUUCAGCUGCUCCUUGUCCUGUCCCGAAUCCCUCCCUUGCACAAGCAGCACCAGUAGUGGCAGCGUCAACAAAAGCCAUGGAGGCAAGACAGCCGGGUCCUCCCACACCAACCUAGCUUCUGUCGGCGCAGUUAGCGUCACCGCGUUUGCCGAAAUAGACGAAACCAGUGCGUCCUCGCGAACCGAAGAGAGCGGUUCUCAAGCCAACAACGGCGCCCGAAAUAGAUAUUUGAAAGUAACUACACCAAACAAUUCUGCAAAACUUGCCACUAUCAUGGCAACAAAAUAUCUUGUCUACCAAUUGGUACAAGAGGACCUGGAUAUAGUAAUUAAUGUACUAGACUAUUGCAAUGUGUUUAAAGACUUCUUGAAAACCGCAACAAGUCCAGAAUGUGCCAGCUAG